AUGGCCCGCUCCGCCAUCGUCCAAGAAUACGCCCCUCCGCCCGCCUCCACCACCCUCAGUCUCGACCGCAAAGUCACCUCCGAACGGCAACACAAUGGCAUCGCCCGGCCCAAGGGCUACCGCGUCUCCUGGCACGCCAAUCCCGCCGUGGAGCUGCACCACUUCGGCCAGUCGCACCCCAUGAAGCCGUGGCGGCUCACGCUCACCAAACAGCUCGUCAUGGCCUACGGCAUGCACCACGCCAUGGACCUCUACCUAGCGCGGUCCGCCACCUACGAAGAGCUCGCCGACUUCCACAAGACCGACUACCUCGAUUUCCUGCGCCAGGUGAUGCCCGGCGACAUGGAGAAGGCGGAGCAGAGCGAGAACGUGGCGCGGUUCAACUUCGGCGACGACUGCCCCAUCUUCGACGGGCUGUACGACUACUGCUCCCUCUACGCUGGCGGUACCAUCGACGCCGCGCGCAAGCUCUGCAACAACCAAUCCGAGAUCGCAGUCAACUGGUCCGGCGGCCUGCACCACGCCAAAAAGGCCGAGGCCAGCGGCUUCUGCUACGUCAAUGACAUCGUCCUCGGCAUCCUGCAGCUGCUCCGCCUGCACCCGCGCGUCAUGUACAUCGACAUCGACGUGCACCACGGCGACGGCGUCGAGCAGGCCUUCUGGUCCACCGACCGCGUCCUCACCGUCUCCUUCCACAAGUACGACAAGGACAACUUCUUCCCAGGCACCGGCGCCCUCGACGCCACCGGCCCAACCCACCCCUUGAACCCCGGCGCGCACCACUCCGUCAACGUGCCCCUCCACGACGGCAUCGACGACGACUCCUACAUCCAGCUCUUCCGCGACGUCGUCGGCAAUUGCGUCGACGUGUACCGCCCGGGCGCCAUCGUCCUCCAAUGCGGCGCCGACUCCCUCGGCUGCGACCGCCUGGGCUGCUUCAACCUCAACGUCGCCGCGCACGGCGCCUGCGUCGCCUACGUCAAGACCUUCAACCUGCCGCUCCUCGUCGUCGGCGGCGGCGGGUACACGCCCCGGAAUGUCUCGCGCGCCUGGGCCCACGAAACCUCCAUCCUCAUCGACGCCCAGGACCAGAUCGACCCGCACAUCCCGGAGGACGUGUUCUUCCGGAACCACUUCGGGCCGGAUUACUCGCUAUUCCCGCCCUUGUCGGAGAUGCGCAAGCUCGAGAAUAAGAACCCGCGACCGUAUCUGAAUAGUCUGCUGGAGUCGAUCCGGGAACAGCUGCGUUACAUCGAGGGUGCGCCGAGCGUGCAGAUGAGUUUCAUUCCGCCUGACAUCCUCGGGCUGAGAGAGGAGACGGAACGCGAGAUUGAGGAGGAGAUUGCGUUGAUGGAUGAGGAACGCGAGGAGCGCGAGGGCAAGUUUAGUCGGAGACGGGAGUUGGAGAGGGGGUUGCCGACUAGAGGGGAGUUGUAUACUGCUUCUUAG